UUACCGCAGUAUCACUAGAUUUCUGCACCACUCAUCAAAACUCUGCGGCAUGCAUACAAGAGCUGGGGGGGAGGGCAGAUACUAGGUCUGUUUCUGGAGUGUAGGAUCGUUACCUCUAACUAUUAGGCUACUAUCCGUCUGUCUGUUACCAGGUUGACUCCAGUAGUGUUUUUAUUUUCAUUUCCAUUCAUUUGUCCGCCUAAGCGUUUAAGUAGACCUUUAAUUAUCUUGCCAUAGGUGGUCUCAUUCUGCUGUCUGGCUAAUUGUCUCAACCCGGCGCUUAUUGCAUCAGUGCGCGUUUGUUAGAACUUCAGGGUCCAAACUUGUAUGACAAAAUGGCAAAGGAUGGAGAAAAAAGUGGGUGGAAGGAAUAUAUAUGGAACCCGAGGACGAGGGAGUUCCUGGGCAGGACGGCUAGCAGCUGGGGUCUUAUUCUUCUCUUCUAUUUAGUUUUCUACAUUUUCCUGGCCGGCUUGUUUACACUCACCAUGUAUGUCAUGCUGCAGACCUUGGACGACCACAAACCAACCUGGCAAGACCGGCUCUCCACACCAGGCAUGGUGAUUAGACCCAAAACAGACGAGACCUAUGAGAUUGUCUAUAACACUGAGAAGACUGAGAGCUGGGACAUGUACGCUCAAGCCCUGGACAAGUUCCUGUCGCCCUACAACAACUCCAUCCAGGCCGAGAAAAAUAAUGAGUGCAUCCCAGACAAGUACUUCCUGCAGGAGGACAGCGGCGAUGUCAAGAACAACCCCAAGCGCUCCUGUCAGUUCAACCGUACCAUGUUAGGGUUGUGCGCUGGAAUCGAUGACCGUUACUAUGGAUACCGGGACGGCAAGCCGUGCAUCAUCAUCAAGCUGAAUCGGGUGAUUGGGAUGCUGCCAAGUAAGGAUGGAAACGCUCCGUUUGUCACCUGUGGUGCAAAGAAAUACAAAAUUGGCCAAGAUCAGUGGAAAGAGGAUUCUGACAAAAUUGGAGAGUUGCUGUACUUCCCUCCAAAUGGCACUUUCAACCUUAUGUACUACCCUUACUAUGGAAAGAAAGCUCAGGUGAACUACUCUCAGCCUUUGGUUGCCGUCCAGUUCCUUAACAUUACUACCAAUCAAGAUGUCAACAUCGAGUGCAGGAUCAACGCCGACAACAUUCCCAUUGGAAGUGACAGAGACAAGUUUGCCGGAAGAGUGUCUUUCAAGCUGAGGAUCAACACUAUCAACUAGGUUGACCCUUUUCCUCUCCUGAAAACUCCUUUCUUCAUUCUCUGCAACAUUGCACAUACACAGAAACAAAUCUCAGUAUUCACACCCUUUGUAGGAUUUGUUUACAACCCCCAGAGGUUUGGGGUAAAUUGUUUGUCCAGUCAUGUGCUGAUAUGGGGCAAGAAUAAAAGGGUGGUAAUCCUGUCAUUA